AAGAUAUCAAAUUGUAUAAAUUACUACAUCAAUACCCAGUCAGUAAAACUUAUGAGAAUAAUCAAGCAAAAUAUGUAGAUAUAAUGGAAGCAAGAAAUGGUUAUAUCAAUCUUGAUUUAUUGAAGAAUGAUAAUAUCAGGAGUUAUAUUGGUUGUGUAUUUCUUAAUGUGUCUGGGGCUCCCUUUGAUGCCUUUGGGUUUCUUAAUAAAAGCUCUGAGCCUGCAGGUGAAAUUUGCAUAGCUCAACAAUCAAAAUCAACUACUACUUCUAAUGUUGUCAUCAACCAAGGCUUGUUCAAUAAUGAGCAUGAAAAG